ACUUCCACCUAGUUUCCCGAAGCCCUUCGUUCUCCCCUCCCAUUCAUUUUUCCCGCUCCUUCCAAUUUUCCCCCAUAAUAUUCCUCAACAAUCCAAUCUCUUCCCUCUCUUUCUUUCUUUCCAUCUGCUUUCCAGAUACACACACACACCCAAUUUUGUUUUACUCACUGAGAAAGUGGAAAAUUUAGCAAUGGCCGCGACGAUUGCUGUCUCGGGAGCCACACCCGCCACUGAAACACAAAAGAAGAACAGAAUUCAGGUUUCUAAUACCAAGAAGCCCCUCUUCUUCUACGUUAAUCUUGCUAAGAGGUAUAUUCAACAGCAUAAUGAAGUUGAGCUUUCUGCCUUGGGAAUGGCAAUCACUACUGUUGUCACAAUUGCGGAGAUUCUUAAGAACAAUGGGCUGGCUACAGAAAAGAAAGUUUUGACUUCUACAGUCGGCAUGAAAGAUGAGAACAAAGGUCGUUUGGUUCAGAAAGCUAAGAUUGAGAUUGUUCUGGGGAAGUCUGAGAAGUUUGAUUCUCUGAUGACUGCGGCCACGGCAGUACCGGAGACAGUGGUGGCAGUUGCAGCAGCUGCUGAGGAAGAGAAGAAAGCAGAGGAAAGCAAGGAGGAGCAGUAGGGGGAAAGAGAGAAAGGAAUGUGAUGUUACAUUGUUGUAGUUUAAGAAUCACAUUUGCAAUAUUAUAGGAUAGGCUAUUUUCAUUUGAAAUUCCUCUACUAGUUUUUUGCCUCUUUCUGAACAGUCACAGUUAUGAAUGAGAUGUCAUGCCUGCCAUCAACCAAAAAGAACAAAAGAAAAAAAAAAAAAAAAGGAAGAAAGAAGAAGAAAGAAAACCCCUUUUUCCUCUCUGUCAACUGUGUUAAGAAGAAGCCUUUUUGUGUUGCAUCUUUUGGUACUUUCAUGUUGAUCUAUUGAAGUUGAAUCCCUUGAAAAAUGAUGGUUCUUUUGGAAUUUCUUU